UUACAGGACGCUAGAAAAUACCAGAGAAAGAAAGGAAGGUGGAGAGGGAGAAUUAGAAAGAGUGAUGUCGUGGGCCACUUCAGCAUUCCGGUGGCUGGACUUGGAGUGUUUCGUCUCGAUCGGCAGGUCGUCGGUUUCGAGGUGGCCGGGAUUAUUCUCGUCGUACCUCACCCCGAGCUUGGGUUUAGUCGGGAGGAGGAGGUGGUCGUGGCGGGAUCUGAGCUUAUCGUGGAUCGUGGACGACGUCAUGUGGGGGAUGAUAACGGCGUUCGAGUCCGUCGCCUUGGUCUCCAUGCUCUGCUUCUUCUUCGUUUUCUGCGGUUGCACUGUGUAGAAUUUCCCCAUUCGAAGCUAGAAUCCGACGUAGCGGCGGAGAUAUCGGAGCUGCGAUGAGCUUAAUAGUUCUUGGAAGAGAGAGAGAGAGAGAGGGAGAGAGAGAGGGGGAGGGGUAGUUGAGCACGUGACAGCGAGGCAGACACGUGAACCAGGCUGAGAUUUUUUGUCUUUCAUUUUAUUUCUAUGGGUGAGGAGGGGUAUUCUGGUCAGUUUGUGGCAAAAAUAAUGCAACUCUUCGGUGGGGAAUCUUAAAUCUGGCAUGGGACUCGAAGAAUAUAUCUUAAAAUAUAUUUUGCAGUUUUUCUUUUUUAUAAUGUAAUAUAUCUUUGUUGUUUUGAAGAGUAAUGGCCACUUUUACCUUUGUGAUU